ACAGAGGGCUUUCGUCUACAUGGUUGGCCUGAGUAGUAUAGUAUGUCUGAUUCUCCUGUGGUCUCUUUACGUCUCCAACAUUUGGAUCUCGAACAACGCGCGAGACUCGUACAACCCUACGCCGCCUGUUCACGCCCUCGCAAGAACAGAAGAAGAACAGAAAACGUCUGUGAACGAAAGAGAACAACCGGAGCCCGCAGACGCUUUGGAAGAACACACAACAAACACAAAAGAAAUUUUGGUCACGGCGGAGCGUCCUCUGAAGAAAAUUUUAUUCUGGAAUGACGCCUAUUUCGACAACCACUUCGGGUUUGGCGAGGGGAGGGGAAUAUCUUCAAGGAAAACCGGUUGCAAAGUGGACGCCUGCUUUUGCAACGAGCAACAGAGAAAUGUUUCGCAUGGAGGAGGUGGAUGCUGUGAUCUGGCACUCAAGGUCGGGAGAUUUGUCUCUGCCCAGCAUACGGAGUACCCACACACGCUACGUGUUGUGGGUCAGGGAAUCAGCCUCCUACCCUGGCUACCUCGCCCACUUCAGACAUGUUUUCAACUGGUCUUAUACGUAUAGACUGGAUUCCGACUUUCUGAAUUCCUACGGCACUGUGGCUCGCCGGCAAUACCCGCACGUCUAUCCUAUCUACCGUAAUUACGCUGCCAGAAAAAGCAAAUUAGCCGCCUGGUUCGUCUCCAACUGCAGUCCUCCGAGUGGCAGAGAUCUGGUUGCCAAAAAGCUGCAAGAAUGGAUACGGGUAGACGUCUACGGGAAAUGUGGUCCCUUGAAGUGCAGACAGAACGCCUUGUGUAUGAAAAUGCUCGAGAAGAGAUACAAAUUCUACCUUUCCUUCGAGAAUUCCCUCUGUCUUGAUUACGCCACGGAGAAAUUCUUCAAAAUACUGAAGCUUGACCUCGUACCAAUCGCCUACGGAUUAGCCAAUUACUCGGCCAUUGCUCCUCCUCACUCUUUCAUCGAUGCCCUGUCCUUUCCCAUCUGUCGAGGAUCUCGCGCAAUAUAUCCUUUAUUUGGACAAGAAUGAUACAGCCUAUAAUGAAUAUUUUAGAUGGAAACGGUACUACGAGUUACAAAACCGUCAGAUCCACACAGCAAACGUUUUCUGUGACAUGUGUGAACGUUUGCAUAGCGACAACACGACGAAAACGUUUGAUGCUUUUGAGUGGUUUG